AAAACAUGUCUGCUGUUUUAUUAAAGUGCCUAGUUUUGGCGCUCUGUAUCAGUGCGCACAGGCUCUUGGCUGAACCCCGGUUGGAAGGGGAUGAUGGAUCCGGUGACAGCGCCUCGACCCUGGCGUUUGUGUUCGAUGUAACCGGCUCCAUGUACGACGAUCUGAAACAGGUGAUAGAGGGCGCCUCACGGAUCCUGGAGAAGACCCUCAGUCGGAGGACCAGACCCAUCAAAAAUUUUGUCCUGGUCCCGUUCCAUGACCCAGAUAUCGGUCCUGUGUCCAUCACUACUGACCCCAAAAAGUUCCAGCAGGAUCUACAGGAACUGUUUGUCCAGGGUGGUGGUGACUGCCCUGAGAUGAGUGUAGGAGCCAUAAAGAAAGCUCUGGAGGUUUCCCUGCCUGGAUCCUUCAUUUAUGUCUUUACUGAUGCCAGAGCCAAGGACUACCGCCUCAAAAGAGAUGUCCUGCAGCUGGUACAGCUCCGUCAAUCACAGGUGGUGUUCGUGUUGACAGGGGACUGUGGGGACCGCUCUCAGCCCGGCUACAGGGUGUAUGAGGAGAUUGCCGCCACUUCCUCUGGACAAAUCUUUCAUUUGGACAAGCAGCAGGUCAAUGAGGUUUUAAAGUGGGUAGAGGAGACAGUUCAGGCCAUGAAGGUCCACCUGCUUUCCUCCAACCAUGACAGUGCCCAGGAAAACAAGUGGGAAGUGCCCUUUGACCCCAGCCUCAGAGAGGUCACAGUGUCACUCAGUGGACCAGCACCACAGAUCGAGCUCAGCGAUCCCUUUGGUCGUGUGAUUGGUGUGGAGCAGGGCCUUAAAGAGCUGUUGAACAUUCCUAACUCUGCUCGUGUUGUCAACCUGAAAUUUCCCAGACCUGGUGCCUGGAAGCUAAAGGUGAGCUGUAGUGGACGUCAUACCUUGAGAGUCACAGGAGUCAGCAAUCUGGACUUCCGCGCCGGCUUUUCCAAUGUAGCCGUUUCAGAGUUCAAUCAUACCAGGGAAAGGCCGAUUAAAGGACUCCCAGCCCAUGUUUUGCUGAAAUGCACAGGCCUGAAACCCCCAGGUCAGCUGAGCCACGUGGAACUAGUGUCUGGCUCAGGACGCUCAUUACGCACUAUUCCCGUGCCUGUGCCCUCUGACCUUGGCCAACAAGGACUGUGGAGUCUCCCGGAGUUUCGCACCCCUUCCCAGAGCUUCUUCAUUAAGGUGACUGGCAAAGAUGAGGAGGGCUACCGUUUCCAGAGGCUGUCCAGUGUCUCCUACACCAACAUCAUUCCAGAUCCCCCAGCUGUGAGUAUGCCUAAUGUGGUGAAAGGCUUCUACAUGCAACCUACUGUGAUUAGUUGCUCAGUGGAGAGUGACAUCCCCUACAGGCUCAAAUUCACCAGAAGUGGGAUUACACUAGGAGAGGAAAAGUCCUUUCAGAAUUCUGCCAUAGCAUCAUGGGAGAUUCCUCAUGCUUCAGCUGAUGAUGAAGGCCUGUAUGAAUGCAUAGCACAGAGCAGCGCAGGACAGGGACGUGCUUUGACGCAGCUGACUGUUAGAGAGCCUCCUCCGGUCCUGAGGCCAGCAGUGAAUGUGACUUCUCCUGUGGGAGGCAUGGCUGUGCUGUCCUGUCAGGUGGAAGGAUCCAUGCGCCACAACUUGACAUGGCAUCGCGCAGGUCGUACCAUCCGUGCCCGUGCAGGGAGGGUGAAGCUGCUGUCGGACUCUUCAUUGCAAAUCAGUGCAGUGAAGCCACAGGAUGCUGGGGAGUACCACUGUGUGGCCACCAACGCCCAUGGAGACAGCAGGAUCAUGGUGUGGCUUCUAGUCCCAGAGGCUCCUUCUGUAGUAGUUCUCCCCCAGAGCCAGGCGUUCUCCCAUGGGGAUGAGGUCCGCCUUGUCUGCUCAGCGUCUGGCUCUCCACCGCCCCAGCUCUUCUGGAACCAUGGAAACAUGUUCCUCACUAAUCGGCCGAGGUUAAGUCUAAACCAAAAUGGGGUCCUAGUCAUUAGAGGGGCCCUUCCAGAGGAUGCUGGAAACUAUACAUGUGUUGCAACCAAUGAGGCUGGGACUGCCUCUCAGUCUGUGGCACUUACAUAUGCAGAGGCGCCUCGAAUUACAGUAGCACAACAGAAUAUACUUGUAUCUGUUGGUGGUGAUGCUACACUGGAGUGUCGAGCCGUAGGUGUUCCCACUCCGGUUGUUCACUGGUUCAAAGGAGAGCUGGAAGUGGGUUCUGCUCCUUUUGUUGAACAGGAUGUACAUCGUGGGACCCUGCACAUUCGAGGAGUGCAGGAAAUAGAUGCAGGACAGUACAGCUGUGUGGCCAGCAGCUCUGCUGGAUCCUCUUCUGGCACUGUCAAUCUGGAGGUUGGAGCGGGCCCAUUGUUCUCUGAAGCACCCGUGGAUACAACAGCCAAUGUAGGGGAGAAUAUCACCCUUCCCUGUGUUGCCAGGGGUUUCCCACAACCAACAGUGACCUGGCGUAGACAGGAUGGCAGACAGAUUCUUCCAAGGACAGACAGCCACAGCAGAACAAUGCAACUGGAGAAUGGACAUCUUCAAAUCCAGAGUGUGUGGCUGGAUGAUGAGGGAUUGUACACCUGUGAAGCCAAGAACCAAUUUGGAACCAUCAAAACUGAGGCCAGAGUCAGUGUCACUGGACUGGAGCCCCCUCUGUUAGCCCAAGGGGCGCCAGUCAUCACCACAGGCAUUGGCCAGUCACUCAGUAUCCCUUGUAUGCUGUUAGAUGGCAUACCUCUUCCAGAGAGACACUGGUCCCACAAUGGAAAACCUGUUCAGCUGAAUGGGAGGAUGUUUGUAAGGAGUGAUGGCAGUUUGUACAUUGAAAGAACACUCCCAGAAGAUACAGGGACAUAUGUCUGCACUGCAGUGAAUGUAGCAGGGUCCAUGAACAUCACAGUCAGCUUGGAGAUCCAUGCGCCCCCUGAGAUCAUCGCUGGUCCCUAUCACUACAUAGCCAAUGAGGGUGUAGCCAUCACUCUGUCAUGCAAGACCAGUGGAGUUCCAAAGCCAACUGUUGUUUGGUCCAAGGGAAGGCAGGCUCUGCUCCGGGGCCGCACCUCUCUACAAUCUGACCCAGAUGGAGACCUCCACAUCUCUAACCCCACAGCUGAGGAUGCAGGCAUCUACAUCUGCACUGCCACCAGCUCUGUGGGAUACGCCAGCCGUGAGAUCCAACUCAGCGUCAACACCAUGCCUAAAAUAAUGGGUGUGAGUGGCCAUGACAACAUGGUGAAGAUGGCUGCUGAGGUGGGGACAUCAGUAGUUUUACCUUGUGAGGCUGAAGGGAGUCCCUCUCCACUUGUUACAUGGAGCAGAAAUGGGCAUCCCAUCCCCCCCGUCACAUCAGGGUUCACCGUUUUACCCUCCGGCUCCCUGAAGAUCACUGAUGUGCGUCUGAUUGAUAGUAAACUGUACACCUGCACAGCACAAAACCCAGCAGGCAACGUGUCCCUAAGCUACAAUUUACACAUUCAAGCUAAACCCAGGAUUCAACCAGCACCUUCCUUCCUGAAAGCGCUGCUUGGGCAAACGGUGACUCUGCCCUGCGUGGUACAGGGAGAGCCCAGCCCUGAGGUCAGCUGGUUUCACAAUGGACUUCCUGUUGGGGUCAAGAACACUACACCCCUGAGGAUCCAACAGGUCAGGCUCACUGACCAGGGCACUUACCAAUGUGUGGCCAAGAACAGCGCUGGAGAGGAAACCCAGGAGAUCAAGCUAGAAAUUCUUGAGGCCCCAUCCUUUGCAGAACCUGGAGAUGCUACCAUGGAGAAAGUGGCGAAUAGCAAGGUCAUCAUCCCAUGCCCAGCUGAAGGUUCCCCCCAUCCCAAGAUACGCUGGUUCAAGAAUGGCCUGGAGGUACACCCUGAUCUAUCUGAAUUUUCUGUGGCGAGGGAUGGCUCUCUUGUAAUUAGCACAGCGUCUGCCGGCCACAGUGGAGACUUCAAGUGUGUGGCAACUAAUGAAGCAGGCUCUGUAGAGAGAAAGACAAGGCUGAAAGUAAAUGUUCCCCCAGAGAUUCAAGAUGAUGGCCAGUCACUGAAUCUCACUGUCACCUUGAAGCAGCCACUCACUCUGGGCUGCGAUGCCUUUGGGAUCCCCUCUCCAACAAUCACGUGGUCUAAGGAUGGUCAUUCUGUGGACAGUCCUGGAGUGUAUCUACAGAACGGGAACAGGCUACUCAGAAUCUAUAGAGUUCAGCCAGAACAUGCAGGAAAGUUCGUCUGUACGGCUCAAAACUCAGCUGGAGAAGCUCGAAGAGAAUAUCAUAUAGUGGUUCAAGCUCCUCCAGUGAUCUCAGGAACAUCCCGACUGCAAGAGGUGUCAGUUGUUCUGGGACAGGAAGUGGAGUUUCAGUGUCGGGUUAGUGGACGACCAGCACCCAGAGUGGAAUGGAGCCGUGAUGGAGAGGUUUUGUCCCGCAAUGGAGACCCCCACGUGGAGUUUCUAGAAAACGGACAGGUGUUAAAGGUGAAGUCUGUGAGACUGAGGGACCAGGGACUCUACCAGUGUCUGGCCAGUAACAAUGCAGGGACACAGAUGCGCCAGUUCAGACUCACAGUGCAAGCUCCUCCAACCAUUAAGGGCCCCAGUGAGACCACAGAUGUGUCAGUGGUGCUCGGUUUCCCCACAGUCCUGCCCUGUGAUGUGGAAGGCUCUCCCACUCCCAGUAUCACCUGGCUGAAGGACAACCAGCCCAUCGUGUCCAGUCCCCAGCGGACGUACACCCGCGGUGGACAAGCUCUGCGACUGGGUUCAGCACAAGGAGACAGCACCGGCCUCUACACCUGCCGGGCCACUAACCCAGCUGGCACCGCCACAAAGCACUAUUCUCUGAGUGUCCUGGUCCCACCACAGAUAGAGGGCGACUCCACAUCCCUGGUGUUUGGUGGUCAGGCAGAGAAAGUCCGGAUCAAUGGGAGUUUAACUCUGUCCUGCCUGGCCAAAGGUUUCCCCGAGCCCAAGGUUCAAUGGUUUAAGGAUGGACAGUUGCUGACUGGAAAUGUCCAUGCUGGGAUUCAAGAGAAAGGCCACUUGCUUCAUAUAAAGAAUGCUAUGCUGUCUCAUGAGGGGCAGUACACCUGUGUGGUCACUAACUCUGCAGGAGAGGAUAAAAGAGACUUUCAGGUCACCAUUCAGGUUCCUCCAGUCUUCCACAGAGUGAAUAACAGGGAAGCAGCUUGGGGGCUGGGACACGAGGAGGAUGAAGGCAAUGAAGACAUGGUAGACAAACGAGAGGUGGUCUUGGGCCAUACAAUCAGCCUGUCCUGUGAGAGCAAUGCCAUCCCCCCACCCAAACUCAGCUGGUACAAAGAUGGUCAAAAACUCACUGCUGCUGAUGGAGUGAGAUUACUUCCAGGUGGACAGGUGCUACAAAUUGCCCGUGUGCAGAAAGAAGAUGCUGGAAAGUAUACGUGUGAGGCGGUCAAUGAGGCAGGACAAGACCACAUGCAUUUUGAGCUGGAGGUUCUGGUCCCUCCUGUCAUCAUGGGAGCAUUAGAGGAGUUUAUGGAGGAAAUGGGAGCAGUAGUGAACAGUACUGUGGUUCUCCACUGUGACGUGACUGGACACCCGACUCCGUCUGUUUCCUGGUUAAGAGAUGGGCAGCCGGUGCACACAGACUCACAGCACCAUGUCAGUGAGGAUGGGACUCAGCUCCAGCUCCUCAGUGUGCAGGUUUCAGACAUGGCUGGGUACCUGUGUGUAGCUGAGAACAAGGUUGGAACAGUUGAAAAACUCUUCAGUCUGACAGUUCAAGUUCCUCCUAAAAUAAUUGGCCAUAAAGAGGAGGAAAUGAGUGUGAUUGAAGGCCACAUGGCAUCACUGCUGUGUGACGUCCAAGCUUACCCUCCUCCAGAGAUCACAUGGACCAGAGAUGGACAGGUCCUCCAGUUCAGUACAGGCUUUCACGUUCUUCCAGGUGGGCAGAUGCUACAGUUGCCUCGGGCCAGACUGGAGGAUGCAGGGCAAUAUGUUUGCACAGCCACCAACUCAGCUGGCCAGGACCAGAAGAGUAUUCUUCUCAGUGUUUAUGUCCUGCCCACCCUGAAGCCUCGUCUUAAUGGUGAGUCAGAGUUGGUGACCCCACAGGUUGGCUCUGCUGUCAUCCUGCGAUGUGAGGCCCGUGGUAUUCCGAAGCCUGAGGUCACAUGGUACAAAAAUGGACUUCAGUUGGCUGCCGGAAAUGGUCUAAAGAUGGAUCAUCAGCAGUUGGAGAUCGUUGGAGUCCAGAUAGCGGAUGGUGGCACCUACACCUGCAAAGUAUCCAAUGUGGCUGGACAGGUGGACAGGACAUUCAGAGUAACAGUUCAUGUUCCACCUGUCCUGGAUGGGCCGCUCUUUGAGUCCCUAAACUACACUCUGGGCUCCCAUGUGACCCUGCUGUGUGAGGCCUCAGGUGUCCCUAUGCCCAGCAUUACCUGGCUAAAAGAUGGAACUCCAAUAGAGAGCAGUCUGCAGUGGCAGUGGUCCAUUCGAGGCAACAGGCUGGAGUUGGGGCCCCUCACUCUGUCUCAUGCUGGAAAAUACACUUGUGUGGCUAAGAACAGUGAGGGUCAAACACAGAAAGACUACAAGCUCACAGUCCAAGUGUCCCCCACCAUCCUGGACUCUCAACACCCUUCUGAUGUGAGUGCACCUGUGGGUGAAGAGCUAACACUUGAGUGCAAAGCUACUGGAAUCCCUCCACCUCUUCUCAGCUGGCUGAAAGAUGGGGUGACUUUGGAGGGAUCAGACACUCGUCACAUACAUAUGACACCUGAUGGCAGCACGCUAACAUUACUGAACCUGAGUCCUGAAGCUUCUGGGACCUACACCUGUUUGGCUGUUAGCCCGGCUGGCCAGGAGAGCAAACUCUAUACCCUGUUUGUACUUGUCCCACCUUCUAUCUCUGGUGAGACCACUGUACCCAGAGAGGUACAGGCCGUUCAGGACAGCUCUGUGACUCUGGAGUGUCAGGCAGCAGGAAACCCUUCUCCACAAAUCAGCUGGAUGAAAAAUGGACGGCCACUGCUGCUGUCUCCCCGUACACGCCUCCUGUCGGGUGACUCUGUGCUGAGGAUUUCUCCUGUGCAACUGUCCGACUCUGGAGUUUACACAUGUGUGGCACGCAGUCGAGCUGGUCUUGCUGAGCUCACCUAUGAUGUCCAGGUUCAGGUGCCCCCAGGUGUGGACCAUGUGGAACCAGUGGAACCAGUCACAGUCGUACAGGGAUCUUUGGUGACGUUAACCUGUGAGGCACGCGGGGUUCCACCUCCAACGCUGACGUGGCUGAAGGAUGGCCAGCCGCUGUCUCUUCACCGCAACCUGCUGCUGGAUGGGCAGGAGACUCGGCUGCAGCUGCCUGACGUGGCGCCUUCAGACGCCGGCCUGUACAGCUGUGUGGCCAGUAACCAGGCGGGAAGUAGCACAAAAGGGUUCAACCUCACUGUGCUCGAACCCCCAAAGAUAUCCACCUCCAGCUCCCCAGAAGAGCUGACCAUAGCAGUAAACAGUCCACUAGAGCUGGAGUGUUCCGCUGUGGGAGUCCCACCUCCCACCCUCAGCUGGCUCAAAGACGGUCAUCCCUUGGAAAGGACAGACAUUGUUCAGCAGGAUGGACACUUUGUCAGGAUUAGCAAAGUACAGGUCGGAGACGCAGGUCUGUACACCUGCUUGGCCAGCAGCCUAGCAGGACAAGAUGGAAAAAACCACUGGGUCCGCGUCCAAGUCCCACCAACCCUCCUUGGCUCUGGUGACGCGAGAACAUUGACGGUCCCAGUUAACGGACACCUGACCUUGGAGUGUUUAGCGGACAGUGACCCCCCUCCUGAUAUAGAGUGGUUCAAGGAUAAUGUCAAAAUGCAGCCGGGUGCUCGUAUUCAGCGGCUGGCAGGAGGUCAGUACCUGGAGAUCCAGGAGGUCAGACCUGAGGACAGCGGUCAGUACAGCUGUGUGGUCACCAACAUGGCUGGAAGCACCAGUCUCUUUUUCACUGUGGAGAUUCUGUUACCCCCGGUCAUAAAGGAGAGCAGCUCAGUGGUGACAGCACAUGUUGGCCAGGACGCACUUUUACCUUGUGAAGUUGAAGGCGACUCUACUACAGUCAUGUGGAGGAAAGACGGUUUCCCUAUAAGUCAGGAUAACAAAAAGUACACUAUGUUAUCACAGGGUUCCUUGCGUGUUCAUGGAGUACAGCUGAGUGAUGCAGGGCGCUACUACUGCACUGUGUCCAACCAGGCUGGUUCAGAUCACAGAGGAUUGGAUUUACGAGUGUUUGUGGGUCCUUCAAUCAGCCCCGGCCUUUUCAACGUGACAGUGACCACAGGGAUUAGAGCUGUACUGAGCUGUGAAACUACUGGGAUACCACCACCUAAAGUAUCCUGGAAGAGGAACGGCACUCCACUUGACCUCAGCCAGCAGCCUGCUACAUACAGGUUACUGACCUCUGGCUCCCUGGUUCUUUUGUCGCCAUCCAAUGAGGAUGAAGGUUACUUUGAGUGCACUGCUGUUAAUGACGCUGGAGAGGAGCGAAGGGUCAUUGAGGUCAUCCUGCAAGUCCCGCCAUCUAUUGAAGAUGAUGUCACAACAGUCACAGCUGUGAAAAUGUCUCCAGUGGUGUUGCCUUGUCACGUACAAGGACGUCCUCAGCCCACUGUCACCUGGACAAAGGGUGGAGCCAAACUAGGUGCCAGAGGAGGAAGUUAUCGUGUUCUUCCUACUGGUGUGCUGGAGAUAAGUGCUGCUCUGCCGAGUCAUGCUGGCAGGUACACUUGCUCAGCCCGUAACCCAGCUGGAGUGGUUCACAAACACAUCUCCCUCACAGUGCAAGAACCUCCAGAGAUCAGGCCAAUGCCAGAGGAAGUGCAAGUGGUGCUGCAUCAUGGGACUGUUCUACCAUGUGAGGUUCAAGGUUUCCCCAGGCCAUCCAUCACCUGGCAGAGAGAGGGGGUUCCCAUAGCAACAGGUCACAGGCUGGCUGUACUCUCAAAUGGAGCUCUGAAGUUUUCUCGUGUUACACUUGGUGAUGCGGGGACCUACCAGUGUCUGGCCAAGAAUGAUGCUGGUGUCGCUGUGAGCAGAACCAAACUAGUCCUUCAAGUUCCACCGGUGCUGAGUGUACCCCGUGUGGAAUACACUGCAGUGCUUGGCCAACCAGUUAGUCUCGAAUGUGUGGCUGAUGGGCAGCCUCAGCCUGAAGUUACAUGGCAUAAGGACAGACGGCCUGUGGUUGACGGUGCUCAUAUUCGUACCUUUGCCAAUGGAACCUUGGCAGUUUCAUCAACCCAACGCAGUGAUGCAGGCCUAUACACAUGUACUGCCAAAAACCUCGCCGGCAGAGCCAGCCACGACAUCAGACUGGUUAUUCAAGUUCCACCCAUGAUUCCUCCUGCACAGACAGAACUGUCAGUCAUUCAAGGCUUUCAGGCGCUGCUGCCAUGUGCUGCCCAGGGUUCACCCGAACCCAGAGUAUCAUGGGAGAAGGAUGGCGUCAUUGUGCCCAUCCUUCCAGGCAAAUUCACGGUUCUGCGAUCAGGCGAGCUGAUUAUUGAACGGGCUGAGCCAGGGGAUGCUGGUGUGUUUACGUGUGUUGCUACCAACGCAGCUGGCUCUGUGAGACAAGACAUCCGGCUGUCCAUCAACACGAGGCCUGCCUUCAAAGAGCUGCCAGGUGAUGUAACCCUGAACAAAGGACAGGGUCUGGCCCUGUCCUGCCACGCUCAAGGGACACCGUCUCCUGUCAUCUCCUGGACUGUCAACAACAGUCCCUUCACAGGUGCCAGUGUCGAUGAGGCUGGCAGAAGCUCCCUGAUCAUUGACAAUGUGACGAUGGCUGAUGCUGGGACCUAUGUGUGCGUCGCAGAAAACAGCGUGGGCUCCAUCCGGGCGCUCUCAUUUGUCCGUAUCAGAGAGCCUCCAGUGCUGAAGGGUGAGGCCCACAUGUCUCAGACCGUCAUCCAAGGUGGCUCUGCUGUACUGGACUGUCCAGUCCAUGGAGAUCCCAGCCCCGUCCUCCGCUGGCUCCGGGAUGGAAGACCACUUCUCCGCUCUUUACGAAUGCAGACGCUUCACAAUGGAUCUUUGGUUAUUUACAGCAUCACUACUGCAGAUGAAGGACAGUAUCAGUGUGUGGCUGAGAGCGAAGCUGGAAAAGCUGAAAGAACCAUAACACUCAAGGUUCAAAUCAAUGGAGGUUACUCUAACUGGGAGGAGUGGGGUCCAUGUAGCAGCACCUGCGGACAAGGCUUUCAAGAACGAAUCAGGUUAUGCAACAACCCAGAACCAGCCAAUGGCGGUAGAUCAUGCAGUGGUCCCAGUAUCGAUUCUAGAAAAUGUCAAACAGGUCUUUGUCCAGGUGAGGUUCCUCGCAAGACCAGGGGCAGUUUGAUAGGUAUGGUCAACGAGAGGGAGUUUGGUGUGUCCUUCUUAGAAGCAAACAUCACAGACAAUGAAGAGGAGGGGAGCAGCUCUCUGCAGGCCCGUCUGGACAACAUCCCCCCUAGUGUGGGUCCUUUGCUGCGGGUUCUGGUGUCUGUUUUUGCUCCCAUCUACUGGACCACUGUUCUGCAGAACGGAGAAACAAGGAAUGGCUACUCCUUCACCCAAGGCCAGUUCAGACAGGAGUCUCAGCUGGAAUUUGACACUGGGGAGAUCCUGCGUGUGACCCAUGUUGUCAGGGGUGUGGAUUCUGAGGGGGUUUUACUUAUUGACAUUGUAAUUAAUGGAUUCGUUCCUCCAUCAUUAUCAUCCCAUCUGAGCCUACAGGACUUUGAUGAGUCAUACGUGCAGACAGGCCAAGGCCAGCUGUACUCGUGGUCAUCGCAGAACCACCAGAGAGGGGGGAACCCCAUGGUGCUGCGCUGCAACCAUACAAUUAUUUACGAGGGCCCGGAGGAGCGCCAGGGCCCUUUGCUCCAGCUGCUGAAAGUCUCUGGGAUGAACAGCAUCUACAAUAUGUUCACUCUGACACUGGACUUCCACAUCACCACCAGCCUUCUCAUACCAGAUGGUUAUGGAGAAACAUGCCCCAAGGGUUUCACUGUUGACCAAGCCUCCUACUGUGCUGAUGAGGAUGAGUGUGCACUCCAGUCUCCCUGCUCACAUUCAUGCAAUAACAUCAUGGGGGGCUUCACUUGUGCCUGUCCUUCUGGAUUCACCAUCUCCACCGAGACCAACACAUGUCAAGAUAUUGACGAGUGCGCCCAAGGCUCACACAUGUGCCACUACAACCAGCAGUGUGUGAACACUGUGGGCACAUAUCGCUGCCAGGCCAAGUGUGGACCCGGAUUUAAGCCUAGCAUCACAGGAACCAGUUGUGAAGAUGUGGAUGAGUGCCAGGAGUCUGCUCUCUCCCCGUGCCAGCAUCAGUGUCUCAAUACUCUUGGCUCGUAUCGCUGCAUCUGCCACCCGGGAUACCAGCUGUCAGGACACCGCUGCAUUGAUAUCAAUGAGUGCAUGAGAAAUGUGUGCCCAGCUCACCAGCAGUGCCGAAACACAGAGGGAGGAUACCAGUGCUUUGACAGUUGUCCAGCUGGCAUGACCAAAGCAGAGAAUGGUGCCUGCGUAGAUAUUGACGAGUGUCAGGAUGGAAGCCACAUGUGCCGUUACACUCAGAUCUGUCAGAACACGAUCGGGGGUUACGGUUGUGUAUGUCCCAGAGGUUACCGAUCCCAAGGAGUGGGCCUCCCUUGUCUGGACAUUGAUGAAUGCCUGCAGACUCCAAACCCUUGUGCCUAUCAGUGUCGGAAUGUACCUGGUAGCUUCAGGUGUGCGUGCCCACCUGGUACCGUGCUGCUCGGAGAUGGACGCUCAUGUGCAGGACUGGAGAGAGGACAGACUUUCACCAAUGGGACCAGAGUCAGGGCCAGACUGCGACCACAGCUAGUGUCAUCUCUAGGCAGACCCAUCCUCUCCCGUUCUACUGGGGUGUCCCGCAUCACCAGGCAGAGCUGUCCUGUGGGAUACACCAACAGAGAUGGCAAAUGUGUCGAUGUGGAUGAGUGUCUGCUCCGGAAGCCAUGCCAGCACGAGUGUCACAACACCAUUGGCAGCUUCCAGUGCCUCUGUCCUCCAGGGUACCAUCUGUUACCCAAUGGAAGAAGCUGUAAAGACAUAGAUGAGUGUGUGGAACAGGGCAUUCAGUGUGGACAUAAUCAGAUGUGUUUUAAUACCCGCGGUGGAUAUCAGUGCUUGGACACACCCUGCCCUGCAUCCUAUCAGAGUGGAAGAAGCCCAGGGACUUGCUACAGGCCCUGCUCUCUGGACUGCGCCACAGAAGGUUCCCCUCUGCUCCUACAGUACAAGCUGCUCACUCUUCCCUCUGGUAUUCCAGCCAAUCACAACGUGGUACGACUGUCUGCUUACUCAGAGUCAGGCACACUGCAAGAGCGUACGUCUUUUACCAUACUUGAGCAAGAAUCAGAGACGGGCGUGAUGGGUCGGGUGUUUGGCAUCAGAGAUGAGGCAGGAAGAGGGAUCAUCUUCACACUGCGCUCUCUGGACAGACCGGGACUAGUGCGGCUCAAAGUUCAAGCCACCACCAUCUCGCCACAGGGCCGCAUAACCUACCAGAGCAUCUUCAUCAUCUACAUUUCCAUCUCAACAUAUCCCUACUGAGCCUCUGUGCUGAUGAACAAAUGACUCUGCCCUCCAGUGGAAUCUCACCCACAAGGGAUUUCCCCAAAGAGUGCCUUGUGUAAAGAAGCUCUACUGUACCAGAUAAGGUGGACAGUUAGAUUUUGAUGUGUACUAUGACAGUGGAAAAAGAUGUGUAAGAGAGAUGUUUUUAAUAGUUGCCUUCAGGUGGUUUUCCUCUAUAAUUAUAGAGCAGAAGCCCAUACAUCAAAUGACUGGUUAAGCAAAUGCGCUGGAUAUUCACCACAGGGCCUAUUUGGUAAUAAUGUAGAGCAAGCUUUCCAAUCAGUAUUUCCUAAAUAGAAAAUGCAGUUUAUUAAAUUGUAAUUAAUUUAUCAACCAAGCACUGAAGCAAUUUAGUAUCCAUCGAAAGGCACCAUAAGAUUUGACGCCGUGCCUUUCAUUUAUUGCAAGAAUUAUUGGAAAUGUUGCAUAUCUUUGCUCUUUUUAAAACGACUGAACUAUACACUGUCGAUUACAUGAUAGAUGUUUUGCCCCAUUGUUCUAAUUUAUUUAAGUCCUUUGUACACAACAUCAACUUCCUGUCAUAGCAGGUUUAAUGUUAAGGAUCUACUGGCUCUGUCAAAACAAACCUGCAUUGGCACACUGCAAUGAUGGCUUGUAGCUAUUUGUGUUGUAAAAACAAGUACUGAUAGUGUUACAUCUAUCUUAUGUAUUUUUGUACUCUUUUAUACAUUUUUUGUGAAAAAGGUGCUAUUCUGAAUGUACUGAGUGUCUGAGCUGAUACCACUGACUACGCUAUGUCUGUAAUGUGUGUGUUUCUAGUGUUAUGUGGAAAUCUGUGUGUCUGGCUGUUGAAAAAAAUACAAUAACAGAGUUUGACUGUGCCUACAGUUUUUGCAGUUGGCACCAGCCAAAAAAAUGGCUGAAGGCUGAAAUUAUAAAAAUGUUCACAACUACAGAAGUGCAGUAAAAUGAUUGCCCUGCUCUUGCAGAUUAAACCAGUAUUCCUGUGU